AUGAAGCCACGGGGCGAGAUCCUCCAUUGCCAUAGGGCGCAAUAUCAUCAGUACAUCGAUGGGCUGCUGGUUCGAGGUGCAGAUUUCAAUCAGCCAGCUGACAAUUACACAGUUUGCCAAGGGGACAAUGCAACGCUAAGCUGCUACAUAGACCAACAGGUGACACGUGUGGCUUGGCUGAACCGUUCCAACAUCUUGUAUGCUGGCAACGACAAAUGGUCCAUUGACCUGAGAGUGCAACUACUGCAGUACAGCCCCUCCGAGUUCAGCAUCAUGAUCAGCCACGUCGAUGUGUAUGAUGAAGGGCUCUACACGUGUUCUUUCCAGACCCAGGACAAGCCUCACACCUCCCAGGUGUACCUCAUCGUACAUGUUCCAGCUCGGAUCGUGAACAUUUCUUCAGCUGUGACGGUGAAUGAAGGAAGCAAUGUGAAUUUGCUCUGCCUGGCGGUGGGAAAACCGGAACCGACGGUAAUUUGGCGACAGCUGAAAGAUGGAUUCACCAGUGAAGGAGAAUAUCUGGAAAUCUCAGAGAUCAACCGAGAACAAGCUGGGGAAUACGAGUGCAUCACGGCGAACGGGGUCUCCACACAAGACAGCAAACACGUCCUUAUCACGGUCAAUUAUCCUCCAAUCAUCACGGAUGUUAAGGACUCCCGCCCCUUGAUAGGAAAGACAGCCCUCCUGCGCUGUGAAGCCAUGGCUGUGCCCGCUGCGGAAUUUCAGUGGUUCAAAGAUGACAAGCAAUUAAUUAGUGGCUCGGACGGACUGCAGAUCCAGAACGAACGCACACGCUCCAUAUUGCUCUUCACAAACGUUACCACUCGACAUUACGGAAAUUACACCUGCCUGGCUUCUAACAGCCUGGGCUCCUACAAUGUCAGCUUACGGCUUAUCAGACCGGGUUCUCUGGACAAUGUAGCGGUGGCCAGCACAGAGCCUCCUGUCCUUUUGGGUUUGCUGUCAUCUUUGAACUACGUGUGGUUUAACACAACUGCAAAGACACAGGGCUUAACAGUAGACGGCAACGCGUUGAGAAUCUUGAGAAUUCGUUUAACCAGGUUAUUUCAGGUGGUGUGGGCCAGUUUAGCAGCCAAGGACCAGGCAGAGACUCCCAUCCUUUUGGUAGGUCUCGUAGCCUGGGCUUCGAAUCCGUCCUUCUCAGUGUCCUCACGAAAAACUUUGGCAUCAAGUUCAACUCACCGCAUGAAGGUGGUCCAACAUUCUGCACUUGGGCUGCAUCUCAGUGACCCCAAGAUCCUCUUUGCUGCCAUCCCAGCAUCUUUGAAAGAAGGAUGA